CUCGGAACAGCAGUGUGCUGGGAGACAUCAGAGCGGCGAGGACGGAGCGGUGUAAGGAUGAAAGGAUGGAUGGAACGGAGGGAUAGCAGCAGAGUGAAUGCAUGCUUUAGUGCUGAACUCAGGAAACAGGAGCUUUUCAUCAAGCAGAGACUUGUUGCAUCGUUAAAGCCGGACCGGUUCAUGAUAAACAGCUGCUAAUUGCCACUAAUUACUGACGCUAAUCAGGCUGGAACACUGGAGUGUGACCUGGAGGCACGCUUACUUCUGAUCGGUUAUUACAGCAGGACAGAAUUCAGCAGGCGUGAACUUACUGAAGAGCUGAUUAUUUUCAACAAGGAAUUAAUAUCGGAUGAUGUGAAGAGAAAAUACUGGCACUAAGGCUUGGACUGUGCAGACUGUACAGUGUGUGUGUGUGUGUGUGUGUGUGUGAGAGAGAGUGAGUGAUGUCUUGGUCUUUGUAUAAUGGCAAUGAGGGUAUCAUGGAUCCUAUAUGGGCGACCUUUGUUGUGCCCAUCCCAACAUGCCCCGCCUCUUCUGCCUUUGACUCCGCCUUCAGUUGACCAUGCAGGUCCUUCAGAUCGUCAAAGAGCUGGUGUCUCCGUCUCGACGCCGCGCCGGCUCCAGGUUCGCAGCGUCUGAAGGAGAGCAGGAUGCCGCUGUGAAGUUGGAUCAGGAAAGGGCUGAAAUCGUAGCCAGAUAUGACAAGGGUGUGGAAGGUGGUUCGGUUGAGCCGUGGGAGGAGGCGAACUAUGACCUCUACAAAGUGGUGGACCGCUUCGGCUUCCUGCAUGAGAAUGAACUUCCAGCCUCAAAUGCCUUGGAGGAAAAGCAAAAGCAGCUGGAACUGGAGAGGACAGAAAAAUGGUUGAAGAUGCUGAAAAGCUGGGACAAGUACAAGAACAGCGAGAAGCUGGUAAGGAGGAUCUAUAAAGGAAUCCCACUACAGCUUCGAGGACAGGUCUGGUGUCUCCUCCUUGAUGUCCCCAAAAUAAAAGAGGAGAAGAAGGACUUCUACGAGAAGCUGAAGAUGAGAGCAAGAAGCUUGUCCCCUGAUAUUCGUCAAAUAGAUCUGGAUGUGAACCGCACAUACAGAGACCACAUCAUGUUUAUGCGCCGCUAUGACGUCAAGCAGCAGGACCUCUUCCACGUCCUCACAGCAUACUCCAUGUACAACAGGGAGGUGGGAUAUUGUCAAGGUAUGAGCCAGAUCACCGCUCUCCUCCUGAUUUAUAUGAAUGAAGAGGACGCGUUCUGGGCUCUGGUCAAACUGCUGUCUGGACAGAGACAUUCAAUGCAUGGAUUUUUUGUGCCAGGUUUUCCUAAGCUGCUACGCUUCCAAGAGCACCAUGACCGCAUCCUGAAGAAGAUGAUGCCUAAACUUAAACAGCACCUAGACAACCAGGAAGUUUUCACCAGUCUGUAUACCAUGAAGUGGCUCUUUCAGUGCUUUUUGGAUCGGACCCCUUUCACGUUAACACUCAGGAUAUGGGACAUCUACAUUCUAGAAGGAGAGAGAGUCCUGCCUGCGAUGUCCUACACCAUCCUCAAGCUCCACAAAAAGACCCUGAUGAAGUUCUCUAUGGAGGACCUUGUGGAGUUCCUCCAGGUUACCCUCUCGAAGGAUUUCUUCUUCGACGACGACUAUGUAAUCGAGCAGCUCCAGACUUCUAUGUCUGAACUCAGACGCUCCAAACUAGAGCUUCCUCCUCCAGGUAAAGAUGAGGAGUUUCCUACAAAGCCACUGGGCCAGCUUCCACCAGAGCCUGAGGGAUUGGCGCCAGACAAAGCCAAUCACAUCGCUAACGGGCGGAUGGAGGCUCUGCCGUCUCCGAGCACGGCCGUUACGGAAACAAUGGUUUCUGCAAAUGGAGACAAAAAAGACUCGGCAGAUAAAACGCCACAAAAGACAGGCAAAAGGGAAGGGACCAAAGAAGCUACACCCAAUGAGAGCGGAAAGACGCACACGUCAUCGAGCCAGAACUUGAACGUAGGUCCCGGUGGACGGAGAGACGUUGGACCACGCUGGGUAAAACCGUCCGAGGGCAGACUGGCGGCCAUGAUGGAGGGCCACAUGAACCUCGGUAGCACGGUACCCUCUUCUCCUGCCAUAUCAGUGGCCAGUGAACAGCCGCGUCAUCAUCGCCCUCGCUCCAGAGGCUUCGUGCCCGGCACUGACCGUGGCUCCAACGCCUCACAGUAUGACAAUGUUCCAGUGUCCGACGGAGAUGUUGCAGACGUUCCAUGUUUUACGACAGUUUCCGAACCUUCUCAUCAGUACAUCCCACCACCUGUUAAACAUGAAAGCCCUACACGGCCCUCUAGUGGUGGUAUCACUGCACCUACUUUCAGAAUCCCUAAAAAUCCACCCAUGCCCUUGAUGCCUGACCCUCGACAGCCUUUACACUACACCCCAGGUAUGAUGCCUGGUUAUUCCCCCUAUCCUAAAAUGCAGCCAGAAAAUCGAGCAUACGGAAUGGCAUAUGAUGAGAGGGCAUACGGUACUACAGUACGUUCCACACCCCCCAAUCGCUCGCCAGAAAAAGCCCUGAUGAAUAGCAGCUACAACACGUACCGCCGCCAGCCGAUAAAUGCAGAUUUUGUAGGCCAGAUGGACAGCUUUGUCGAAAGCGGCCAUUUCCCGAGGCAUCCUACUCGACACGUAGAUCAGCGUUAUGAGAAGCAGUGGCAAGGGCAAGGCUGGCACGGUGAGGUAGACGUGAAUGUAGCGCCCCUGCGUACUCCGGGUGGGUUACCCCGCUCAUCAAGCUUUCACAAAGCCCAGCUCUCACCUGUACAUCGAGGUCAGGAGUUCAGCUUCCCACCAGGGCCCAUCUCAGACAACGUGAUGCACUACAGAGCCGUGACCAGCAGGAAACAGAUGCCUACAGUGUUUGGAGGAGUUCCUUACCGACAAGAGGCCUUCGCCAUGCAGGAGUCGAUGCUGCUCUGAGAGAGAGAGAGAGAGAGAGAGAGAGAGAGGGAGAAAGAAUGUGAUAGGGUGAGAGAAGUAGUGAUAUGGAGAGAACAAAAAAGUAUGUUUAGUGUAAAUGAGAGAGAAUAAGAUAUGGACUCAAAAAGUGUGAGUGGAAUGGAAAAGUGAGUGUUAGUGAGAUGGAUGGAGGGAUGGAUGGAUGGAUGGAAAAUAUAAUUGCUGAUUAUCUAGAAAAGUGUUUGUGUGUGUGUGUAUGUGAGAUCUGUUUGGUUUGUCCAGUGUGUGUUUACUCGUUGUGACUCUCUGCCCUCAGCGUCUUUACUGAACCCACUUGGCAGCUCCCACCAGCUCCAGGUGUUUAUACUGAUCAACCCAUUAAGGACUGACUACAAUUUUUUUUUUUUUUUUUAAUUUGUUUUCAUUGCUUAAAUCCUAAUUGUUAACAGCAACACUUUAUUUUCAAUAUUUUUACAUUUAAUAUUGUACAGAAAGAUUUUUUUUCCCAUGUAUUUAACCAUGCUUGUCAAUAGCGUGAAUUGGAGAGAAAAGAAGAAGAAAAAUCCAUAUUAUUUUAAUAAUUUAGUUUUCCAUGAGCAUAUAAAAUCUUUAUAUGUAUAUAGUGUAUACAUAUUUUUUGAGCUCGGUUUAUUAAGUAGGGUUUUGAAUAUGAAAAGAUUGAGCUAAGAUUAGAACUAAACAGAAGUCCCUGGUAUAUAUUUCUUUUUUUUUUUUUGCACGAACCACAAAAUGUACUUUUUCUUCUUCGGUAUGGAGAGAUUUCUUUCUUUCUCUCUCUCAAGGAGAUAUGCAGUGAAGAGAGGUGUACAUUAUAACUGUGACAAUCCAGAGAGUUUGGUAAUCAUGUGAAACCCUAUAAGGAAUAACAGUUCACUUCAAAGCUCCAGCUCAGCACACUCUGCAGAAGUCUUUCCAGAGCCAGAUCAGAUCAGGAGCAGAAAAGCAGAAGAUGUCUCUCAGCUCUGAGAUAAUCACAGAACACACUCAGGGAGGGUUUUGUUACAAAAGCUGCUCUGGAAGAGAAAGUUGAGCAUCAAGACACUAUCAUCAUCUUCAUAAAAAGCAGUAUCUUUAUAUAUAACUGACUCAUUUAGCUUUAUUUAGUUGAUAUACACCAAGAUGCCAGUUUAUUAGGUACAUUUAGCUAAAGGUGUGUGAGGUCCAGUCUCACCUGCUCCUACACUUAUUAUUGUUUUCACCUGGCUGGCAUAUUAUAUGCUAAAUUGAACUGAUACACAAAAUUAGGCGGUAAACAAAAUUAGUCAGUUAAACCACUAGAAUAAAGCUUUUACAUCAUAAGAAUAAAUGAAAGCAGUAAACAUCAGGGGUCUGACUAUAUCUGAGAGCAUACCAGCUGCCAAUUUCCUAACUAUUAUGUAAGGUCUCAGGCUUCUGGAAGAUCCUAUUCAUCAUGCACAGUUCGGCUAAGAAUACUCAUUGAUCAUUUAUCCUUUUUAGUAAUACUGAAGGUGUAGAGAGCGAUUCACAAGCUUUCAUAAAGCUACAAAAUAAAGUUACCCUUAUCUUUAGGUCUCUGUUGCAGGGUUCUUCAUCGAACCUUUACAGCAGGGGUGUUUAAUUUUUUCUGCGAAGGUUUGAUGUAGAUGCAGGUUUGUAUUCCACUCAAGCAGGAGCUACACCUGACUCCACCUGGAUAAUCAGCUGAUCUUAGUUUUUACUAGACUCUCUUUAUUAGGCUUUUGCUUGGAGGUAAUGCCCCUACAGCAGCCCUUUGCAGGAAAAAUAGAAUAGACUCCUGAUUUAAAGCUCCACACAAAGAACACUUGAUGGAAACUUUUUAGUUGUACCUAAUAAACUGGCAACCUGGUGUGUAUUUGAAACAACCUAAUGUCACACUUAAUGCUGUAGCCAGAGAAAUCAAAAUCAGCAAGCAACAAAAAUCGAUCCCGAUAUUAGAUGAUAGUAGUCGAUAUACAAACUAUGAACAGCAGAUAAAUCGAUCUCGAACAUGUUUAGUGCUUUAGAAAAGCAGACAACAAAACACAUCUCGGAAAAAUAUCCUUUAAAUCAGUUCCAGUGAUCCGUAGUAUCUAGUGUAAAUAAAUUCUGCGCUCCUCCUUAAACAUCUUUCACUCCAGAAAAUGCGGAAACUGCAGUAAUUAAUGUAGAGGGACAGAGUGCUGCGGAAAGAGUGAUGCAGAGAGAACAUUCCCGAAGAAUUUGUGUACAAUUCUACAGUUUUUUAAAAAAAAUCCAUAUACUGACCAUAAUCAUGCAAAUGGUUUACUUUUAUUUACUUUAUUUACUUUUUUAUUCAGUAAAUACUGCAUUCACAGUGACGCAUUUUUCAGCAUUAGCCUGGAUGCUAAUGACCUACAGUCUGGAACUGCUAACAUCUUUUCUGGCAUCUUUUUGUACACAAAAAGCAAAGGAGAUUAUAAAUAUCCUGGAUGUGAGUAAAGAGUGUGUAGUGACACAUGUACAUGCUUCAGCUGGUCCCUGACAUUCCUACUGCUAACAAGACCUUCUCUGUUAGUCACUGUGUUUACUGCACUGCAGAAAGGUUUUCUGUUUAUGUUUUGUUUUUCUCUUUUUGUGUGCUAUGGGGACUCACUAGGCUGAAGUGUUUAGGAGAAGUAUUGAAGGGUACAGUUUGAAUGGAACAGAGCCCAUGCUGUAUUUUCCAGCUAGCCUUCUCACUGGAUAUUAACUUAUUAUGAAGUGUCUCGUACCUGUUGCACACACACACACGCCGUAUUUCAGCACCUCACCGAACAGACUACUGUAACACUCUUUUUUUUAAUUUAAUUUUAUUUUAUUUUUAAAUACAGUGUACAUCACAUUUCCAUUUUCCAUAAGAAUUGACAUUUCUUUACACGAACGUUAACUCUAAUAAUGCAUAAUAUUCCUACUGUUAUAUAAACACACACUUCAUGUGAAAUCUACUAAGCACAACUCUCAGGCUGACUCAUGUAUUCUCACACUCCAGUGUAUCGUUAGGACUACUUCAGGCCUGAGUGCGUGUGUAUAUAUUGUUCAAGAACAGUACAUUUUGAUACCGAGUUUCAGUUGUGAUUAUUCAAGCAGGAGGAUUGUUUUUCGUUUCUUUUCUUUCUUUUUUUGGUUGAAACUACUAAAUACAAAUUGAUGAUCAAAAAUGACUUUGGCUAAUAAAAAAAACCCUUCAGAUGGU